UAAUCGGUCGACCUCUAGAGGACGUAACUUUUUUUGCUGAAUUUUGUCUUCCUGUCGUUCAUGGAUCCACACACAUCGCAGCAUUUCUUGUUGUUACCGGCUGCAAUCUAAAAUGAUGAGAACUUAGUUCAGGAAUUUGACUUAUAUCUCACUUGGAUAUAUAGUUACAGCAGGCAAUGGAAGGAGAGUCAGGCACACACGUGCAACAACAUCACUCGCACUUACUUCUGGUAUUGGAGUUGUUGGUUCGAUUGGAUGGGGCACCGGCAUCCUCCUCCUGGAUGCUACUCAUGAUGGCUGCAGAAGCUGGGGUCCUUGGAAUAUGUUGCAGCCUCUGGAUUUGAGGUCUUACCAUUGCCUUGCCCAGUUUCUCGAAAAAGAGCCGUCUCCUCUGGAGCUUCUCUCUGUUCCAAUCUGGGUUCAACGCCAUCCAGAUGACGAACGUGUUGUAUGCCGAGAUGUCCAAGAUGUUGAUGAUUAUCCAGCGUAGGGUUCUUCUUUUGCAGCUAUAGCCAGUAACAAGCUUGCCUAAAUUGUCCACCCCUUUUGUGGAAUUGUAAUCUAUUAUGAUUUCUAGUUUUUGACACUCCUGCCCACAGAUUCUCCCAUCCCUAUGCAGCGUACUCAUGAGUACCACAUUUUUGCCUUUCUUAGGCACAUAGGACACUAUGGAUGUGUCUGCCAUGAACUCAAAUUUGGAGGAAUUGGUAGGCCUCUUCUGUGUAUUCAACAGUGGGAGCGCUGGCUUGUUUUUUUUUUGUACUGUUCUUACCAUCGUCAGCUUCCUCUUGAGGAGCUCCUGUCCCAGCAUGUGCGAAGUAAAAAAAUAGUUAUCGCAUGUGAUGUUGUGCCCACGGAGUCCCUGUGUCACGUCCAGGACAACCCGCAUCCCUUGGUUCUUCUCAGGGGCUCCUCCAUCUGGCUUUCCUGUAUACACUUGCAAGUUCCACACAUAUGAUGAUGCAGCAUCACAGGCAUCCCAGAUCAUGAUUCCAUAUUUUGUGGUAUGUACUGCCUGAAGGGGCAGCGGCCCCUAAAUGGCAUAUGCUGCUCAUCAACAGUAACAUUGGGACCAGUGUUAUAAAACAGGUUAACCUGUUUGGGGUAGGGGGCAGCAUUUUCACUUUUGGAUAAAUAGCGUUCCCAAACUGAACUGCCUCCUCCUCUGUCCCAGAUCCUAAUAUAUGCAUAUUAGUAUUGGAUAGAAAACACGCUGAAUUUUCUAAAACUGUUUGAGUCAUGUCUGUGUAUAACAGAACUUAUUUAGCAGGCAAAACCCCAAGGACAAACCAUUUAGAUGUUGUCUCGUCAAUAUGUUUUCAUGGGGAAUCCAGAAUUUCCUGCAGUUUCUACCGCUUCCACUGGCUGUCACCAGUUUGUAGAAAUUGGUUGAGGUUUUUGCUUUGUGUAAUGAAGUACCAUAGCUCAGAACGAACAUCACUUCAUGUGUACCUUUUUUGAUAAGAGGUGCGUAACCAGAAAAGUCUUGCUACUAGAAGCCUCAGUUUGUUUUGCUUCUGUAUUGAACACAGAUCAUCCUGUCUUCAAUUUGAUCUAUUUUUAUAUACGUUUAGAAUUACCUAAAGUUGUAUUACAAAAGUAGUUUGAAAUGUUUUGGCCAAGUUUUACAGUUAACUUUUGAGAUUUUUUAGCGACGUUGCGUAAUUUGGAAGCAGUGUUUUUCUGGAUCAAACACACCAAAUAAAUUGACAUUUUGGCUAUAUCAACGGAAUUAAUCGAACAAAAGGACCAUUUGUGAUAUUUAUGGGACAUAUAGGAGUGCCAACAAAAGAAGCUCCUCAAAGGUAAGACAUGAUUUAUAUAUUAUUUCUGCCUUUUGUGUCGUGCCAUCAGAUAACCGCAUCUUGUGCUUUUGCCGAAAAGCAUUUUUGAAAUCUGACAUGUUGGCUGGAUUCACAACGAGUGUAGCUUUAAUUUGCUAUCUUGCAUGUGUUAGAUUUUUAUAGAAAUGUAUUUGAAUUUGGCGCUCUGCAUUUUCCCUGGCUAGUGGCCAUGUGGGACGCAACCAUCCACUUGUCCCACACGGACCUGAUUGCAGCUAGCUUGUCUUUGCUGCCUAGCUGGUCUGGUGUCUCGGUUAUUGAAGACUAUUAAUCCUGGAAAUAAUGUGGAAGUUUUCCCAGAGGCGUUGUUGCACUGAAAAGAUCUCUGCCAGUGUCUGCAUCCCACAGGGAUUCUGUGGAUUUCCCAUUGGAUCUGAAAACGCCAGCAAGGACAAGAACCCCAAAGUAUGCAAGUACAUGAGUUUGGUCCAUUUCCUUCCAUCUCUCUCCAAAAACACACCUUCCCUCCAAAUUAGUGCAGUCAAGAAAGAUUUUUUUGGAUUGUGUCUGGCAUGAACAGUUCAAAGACGAUUUUAUGUCCUGCACAUGAGUAACCGCCAUCCGUGUUGGCCCUGGUUGCAUCCGUAUCACAUUGGCAGCCAUGAAGGGUGGGUCAUUCCUUGGGAAAAAAUGUUUUACAAACAUGUUUAUCCCCCUGCUGACGGGCUGGCUGCUGACGGGCUGGUCCUGGGGCUGGCUGAUGGUCAAUCUCAUCCUCUUCUUCCAACUCCCUGUCAGAUUCUGAAUUGACAAACAUGAUCCUCAUAUUCUGAAAAUUCUUCAUCUUCCAAAGUGGAAGAUGCUCCUUCCAUGCUAGUUUCUCUGUGUGCAAUAAAUGAUUUCUAAGGCUCUCUGAGCAGAGAUUUUUGCCAUACUGAUUCAUUGUGUUAAGGAGCCACACACGCAAAGCCUCUCAAUUUGCACCUGGCUGGGUUAGUGUGGGAAAAUACUGCAUUUUCUUAUUACUUUUUUUUUAACAAUGUAUCGUAAUAACAUUGUACAGGCUCCCGUCAAGACGUUGUGUAGUUUCUCACACUACAACUGGUAAAGAGUGCGAGAAAAGCAAGAGACAGGAUCUUGUCGUUUAUGUUGGAACAGCUGGCCCAGGGAGGAAGACGGGUGACGGCACACAGCAAACCUUUUUGUUUAAUUUUUACUUGUUUUUACCUACAUGCGCACUUUUAUUACCUUCGAAACCACAUAUGUAAGGUGUUAUUUUGCAUGUUCUUCACAGAAAAAUGAGCCAAGUCCAAUGAGUCUCAGGUUAUUCAUUGUAUAAGUUUUAUUUUAGUAAACAUUGAAAAUGCACGAGUUUAACAAAUCUCCCCCAUACAGAAGACGCCUUCUUCCAUUGACUGCAGUGUAAUGGAACUGAGAUUCAUGACCAAGGGCAAGCUAUUAGCACUUUGAAAAACUGCUACCCAAGGUUUCCAGUGAGUGUGUAGAGCUAGCCAGCUGUAUGAUGUCAAUGGUCUUAUUUGCCUCUGUGGUGCGGGUGGUGGACGGUCUACCCCUGUCUGCCUCCACAGACUACGAGCAGGACAAAGGCCUUCAGGAAACCAAGAAGCAAGUCAAAGCACUGUCUAAGAAACUCAGCCAGUUCCCUGACCGAUGCACUCUGAGGGCUGGACAGUACAAUAUCAAUUUCACCUGCUCUCUGGGUGUGGGUUAUCUGAUGGUAUGUACAGAGACCUACCCCAAUGUCCUGGCCUUCUGUUUCCUGGAUGAGCUGCAAAGGGAGUUCAUCGUCACGUACGACGCCAAGCGUGUUAAUAGCGCUGUGAGGCCAUACUCCUUCAUCGAGUUGGACAACUUCAUCCAGAAGACGAAGCAGCGCUUCAACAGCCCCCGCUCUCUGUCCACUAAGAUCAACCUGGCCGACAUGCAAACAGAGAUCAAACUUCGACCGCCCUACCAGCUGUCCCCUGAGGACCUAGGAUCCAUCAACGGCUUCUCAUACCACACCCCCUCCAAGUACAAGGGCAUAACUCCCAGCCAACAGCUUGAUCCUGUGACUCUACCUGGCAUCGUCUCCUGUGUGCUGAGCAUCCUCUGUGGAGGCCUCAAUCUACUCCGAGGGGUUCAUGCUAUAGAGAGCACCAUACAGAACGACGACGAAGACUUUAAUUACGUGAUUGCCUUUUUCCUGGGCACAGCAGCCUGUCUGUAUCAGUGUUCCCUGUUCGCGUACUUCUCUGUGUGGAGGAACAGUAAGUCGUUCCUGGCCUUCGCCCUGAUCUGUCUGUCCAACAUGUACCUUUAUGAACUGAGGAACGUGUGGCAGAUCCUCUUCCAUGUGACUGUAGGGGCCUUCAUGACACUACAGAUCAGACUGAGGCAGCCGCAGGGCAAAGCUCCGGACUACAACGUCUGACAAACUACAACCACGAGACUUACAGUCAAACAAAUAAGAAAUAAACAACUUCAGUGUCUGACAAAACCCAACAAAUAUACUCAUUUUACAACCAACCACCAACAACAAAACCAUGUCUAAGGCUACGGAGCAAAGAAGUGACUCUGCUCCUGCUCUCUUUAUCAUGUUUCCUCCCCACCACAGCUCAGGACUGUGGGCCAGCCUGGCCCUGCCUCAAUCCCGUUGGAUGCUGAGCUCACUUUAGCGUGGCCUCAGUGAUACGGCCCAAUAGGAUUAAUGGGUGGUGCCACUACAGCCAAAUAAUUGGCUAAUAAUAUUCAAUUGAAUAUGUUUGGGGUAACCAUCAGGAGUCUGAACAGGGGUUACUGACUUAAAUUGAAUCUCUGGCAUCACAGACAUGUAUAAUUGAAGUAAUUUAGCAGACGCUCUUAUCCAGAGUGAAUACAGGAGAAAUUAGUGUUAAGUGCCUUCCUAAAGGACAUAUCGACUUUAUUUCUUUUUACCUAGUCGGCUCGGGGAUUCAAACCAGCGACCUUUUGGUUACUGACCCAAUGCUCUUAACCGUUAGGCCACCUGCAACCCCAGUAUCAUAUGUUAUUAAAUCUCUUGGCUCGUAAAGAUUUGUUUUAUUGAUUUGAGAAUAAUUUAUUCAAGAUAAUGUGUAUGAUCAUGUCACAACUGUUACUUCCAUGUACUUUGUUUCAGGCUUUAUGAAUAUGCGAUUGCUUGAAAGCUGAGUUUGGCAUGGCAAAUGUAAUGUGGUGGUGUUAUCCCACUGUUUUCUUCACUGGGAGGCCAACCUUAUCUACUCCAUAUCAUCUGCCAGACCUCCUGGUGCAGUGGUGGUAACAGCAGCCACUGCUGGAAAGGGUUUAAUUGACCUGUGAGCCAUCAUCCCGAUGUUUCAGGGUAUUACUCUAAAGGCCAGAGUAGGAGAGGAGCUAGACGAGUUACUUAUAUUGUAGCAGAAAUGGUUACUUCCAAAAAUACUCAAUGAAUUUCUUUUCUUUUGCCAUGUAUUUUCCAAUGCAUCAUUUAUUUUGCAUAGCUUUUGGAUUAUAUUGCAGAAAUGUUUGUCAUGUCAGAAGCAGAAAUGACUGAGGGCAAUGUUAGUAAACUUCCUAGAAAUAUUGUUAAUUUAAUGAUGAGUUAAGGGAUUGUGCGAACAAUGUUAGUUUUUUUGGGGGGUGGAGUGGCCAGUGUCAGUCAGACUAGAGAUAGUCAUUGCGUGAGUGGAGAGUAUAAACAUGGAACCAAGUAUUAUGAACAUCUGGCAACAAACUACAUGUAUAUCUGGGCACUACUGCACUGAUCCAACCCUUAAGAUUUUCAUCAACAAUGGCAAACAUGUUUUCUAUUAGCCUGUACAUCUUAUCAGACUGUGGUACUUGACCUUUGUGACCUAAGUUAGCCUCCAAUAUAACAUCUAGGACUUAAAUGUUUUAUUUGAUGUUGGCUGUUUGGGGUGCAACUUUCACUGCGUAUGGUGCAUUUUUACCCCCCCCCCCCCCCCAGUUGAAUCACUGGAAUGUCAUACAAAAUGUGUUAAUGGUGUGCUUUAGGACCAUGCAGAUGCCUCCGAGCAGUCUGGUAGGGUGUUUAUCCGACUGAAUAAAAAGUCCCCCCCCCCCCCACUUCUAAAACCAAAGUUGCGCCCCUGGCUGUUUCUAAUGACAUACUUUUGCAAUCAAUGUAAUGUAACUAAAUAUACAACCAUUAAACAGAUCCUCAUUUUGCUAAUGGUGUGUGCAUAACCAAGUAGUUUAUUACUUAGUUGACUAUUUUUACAUUCUUCAAGCUCUGUUAAGUUGGUUGUUGAUCAUUGAUAGACAGCCAUUUGAUAGACAGCCAUUUGAUAGACAGCCAUUUUCAAAUCUUGCCCUAAAUGUCCAAGCCAAGGGGUGUGAAUACUUCCUGAAGGCACUGUAACGUUUCUUAGAGGUUUCUGCAAGAUUACAAAUUUAUGAGUCCCGCCAAAUCAUUGUCUUCAUCCAGCUGUAUUAUGCAGUGAUUUUCCUUUGAAAUGCAGGGCAUUUAAAGCACUUCUACCUUCCCCUCUUUGUAAAGAUGUAAAUCAACAGUUUUCGUACACAGUAAAGCCUGUUAAAUGAAUUUAUCAGUAGGCUACAAUGCCCUUUACAUCCACCAUCUAUUCAAUGGGCUUGGUCUGUUUCCUCUAGUCUCCAGUUUAUUUUGACUGUGGCCAUUGUAUUUAAGUACAGUCAGUCUUACUUGCUUAACUAAGUUAACAAUUAUUUAUAGGCAAUUUACAGAGGGGCAGAUAAAAUAGGCCUGUUCAUAUUGUAGUUUCAGUGCUUAAGUUGUAUACGUAGUCUAAUUCACAACCAAGGGUCAUUAGUCAGUGUGCCAUUUCAGACAGAUUACUAUCACCUAUAUAGUGCCCUACUUUUGACCAGGGCUCUUAUGGGUCCUGGUCAAAAGUAGUGCUCUAUAUAGGUGAUGGGGUACUAUUUGGUACGAAUUCUAAAUGACCAUAUUGCUUUCAUAUAGCUGUAUUAUUAAUGAAGAAAAUCGAAAGGGAGCCAUUGUUUUUAGUACAGCCCAUCUGUUAGGAUUUGUACCAAUGACAGUGUAAUGCUGCCCCCCCUCUGGAGAUCUAGAGGAACAAUCAACUGGAGCAGUUCAGCGAAAUGGCAGCCAAGCUGGCUGGUUAAGUUCUCUCCUCUUUCUGUUAGUAAUGUUGAAACAUAUUACCAUUUGGAUCGUCAAAGACCAGAAUAAAACUAUGGGUGUACAUCUAAAACAACCAUCCAAACAUAAGGUUAUAGAAGUAGAGAUGUAUAGGAUGCCACAUCAAAUAAAAAGGCGUUGUCAACA